GCAGAUCCAAGAUGGCUGCGGAUCUUCAGAAAUUCCUGUUCAAAUCUAAGUUUUUGAGGAAAUUAGAGCGACCGAGGACCUUAGUAGUAGUGAUAGUUUUAUUAGGUUACGCGGUGGUGUGUACAGAGGGACAGGAGUGCAGUCUGGAGUGCGAGCAUGGCAGGUGUGUGGACAACAAGUGUAUAUGUGACCCAGGAUGGAAAGGUCCGCUGUGUCAGUGGUGUGAGGGAAGGCUGAGGUUAUGGUCCAAUUCAAGUGUGAUAACGGAUGGAUCAGGUAAUUACUCCACAGACACCCAGUGUACAUGGCUGAUUGAUGCGGGCCGGCCCAAUACCUCCAUCCGUCUCCAUUUUGAGCACUUUGCCACGGAAUGUUCGUGGGACCAUUUAUAUGUUUAUGAUGGUGACAGUAUUUAUGAUCCCCUCCUAGCUGUCUUCAGUGGGAUGGUGGUUCAAGAUGAUUACCGUGUUCCACAUAUACCAGAAGUGGUAGCUAAGUCAGGCUAUGCACUCCUCUACUUUUACUCUGAUGCAGCUUAUAACCUUACAGGAUUCUCAAUAUCUUAUAGAAUUGAUGGGUGUCCCAGUACUGUGGUGGGGGAGGAAUGCUCCGGCCGAGGUGCAUGUCUGGAGGGAUUCUGCACAUGUGAUGCCAGCUGGGGGGGUCCUGCCUGCUCUGUUCCAGUCUGUCCAGAGGGUUGCUCAGGCAAUGGCCAGUGUAACCCUGAAGAACACCGAUGCCAGUGUCAUUCUGGCUACACAGGUGCAGACUGUAGCCAGGUGAUUGAGGAAGGCUGGUGGGAGGUAGUGGGACAUGACAUUACCAGCCAGCUGACCCAUCCUGACCCUAUGUCCACACUACUAGAAAGGUCAUCCCACGCCACUGUUCUCAUUGAUAAUAUAACUUGGGUUAUUGGUGGUUACUCCUUCACCGAGCGAUCGUUCCUCGUAAGAUACAACAUAACAGAUGACACGUGGUUGCCGAUAAGGAGUUCUGGGAUACAUAAACCAGUAGCCAGAUAUGGUCACACUGCUGUUGUUUAUAAUGGAUCCAUAUAUAUGUACGGAGGGAUGAAGGACGAUGGGAGUAUAACUCGAGAAUUGUGGCGUCUGGAUACUGAAUCACACAAGUGGUCUUUAUUGCCUUCUGAACGGGGAGAGAGGAUCGGUGGACGAGGCCGGGGCGGUGGAAGAAGGGGCAGGAUUGGCCGACGUGAGAGAAACCGGCGCAAUAAUCGUAGUGGUAGAAGUAGAGAGAACAAAGAAAGUAACCUUAGCAAUCGUAAAGACUGGGAAGAGGAGGAGGAGGAGGAGGAAGUGAAGCCUGGAGAUGAUAGUGAGGAAGAAGAGGAGCACACAAACAAGAGUGAGGUUGGAGGAUGUGCGUCAGCUCCUGGUCCAUGUGCACCCAUCCCCUGUGUUGGUCAUGCGGCAGUGGUCGUUCACAAGUCCAAAAAACAAGUCAUGCUCGUCAUUUUUGGACAUUCUUCCAGAUAUGGAUAUUUGAACACUGUCCAAGAAUAUGACUUUGAACAAGGCAGUUGGACUACAGUCGAAACACGAGGCGCUGUAGUGAGCGGAGUUUACGGUCACACAGCCAUAUGGGACCCUGUGACCACCCUUGUGUACGUCCACGGUGGUCUCCUAUCCAAAGUUUCAACGAGUCAUGUUGUUCCAUAUCUUAUGACUUACGACCCCAUUAAACAAAAAUGGAAACUGCGCAGUCCAGCACCAGUGCCUCGAUUCUUGCACUCUGCCGUCCUAGUUGAGGGUCUGAUGCUGGUGUUUGGAGGAAACACGCAUAAUGAUACAUCCUUUUCUUUCGGUGCCAAAUGUUACAGUGCUGAUUUCUUGGCGUACGACAUAGCUUGCAAUUCUUGGCACUCGUUAAACAAACCCCCGAAUCUGUAUUUGGACGUGGCACGGUACGGACACUCGGCAGUACUGCACCAAGGGGACAUGUAUAUAAUCGGUGGUUUUAACGGAAAGAUGCUGGGGUCGGUUCUGCGGUAUCACCCAGGACUAUGCAAGACUCAAAUAUCCUCCAGUGAUGAAUGCUUACAUAACUACCCCGGCCGCAAAUGUGUUUGGAACAGGAUUUUGACCCGAUGUGAAUCCAAUAAUAAUAAUGACAAAAAGGCUUAUGAUGUGUGUCCAGAAGUGACCCCCAAGCAUAAUUUUACGGCUCUCUGCGACGAACAGAAGUCGUGUCGGUCGUGUGUGUCUAAUACAUAUGGGUGCGUGUGGUGCAACAACGCCUGUACAUACAAUAAAUGUGUGGAUUAUGCCAAGCCUCAUGGUGUGAUGAGUUUGAGUAAUGGUCUCAUAAAUAAAGAGGUCCCCAGGCCUACUAAGGUGGUGGGUGUGGCCAGUGGCGAAGGUUGUGAGGAUAAUCUGCGGUCUCGUUGUAAGUCCCUCAACACUUGUCCUCUCUGCCGCGCUCACCAACACUGUGACUGGCUGGAGCAUCAGUGUCUCGUUGCGCCAAACAGAACUUCCACUGCUGGAGCUCUGGGUGAAACAGCUCCCAAUCUAUCACUGGAAGAUAUCCCCAGCACCCCAUCUAUUGAUCAGACAGACCAUCAGUCACCGGUGAGCGGUGGUACUCGCAACGCACUACACUCUCAUAGACCGUGUGAACCUACUUGUGCACAGAGGACUUCGUGUUCUAACUGUACAGAGACAAAGGGGUCAUGUAUGUGGUGCUUCAACCAGCAGCGAUGUGUCAACAAUAACUCCUACUUGGUCAGCUUCCCAUAUGGUCAGUGCAGGGAGUGGACCACAGAAUCCAAGAGGUGUAUUGGUGUGGAACCGGGAUUAAGUAGAUGUAGCAUUCACCAGACGUGCAAAAAGUGCCAGGCAGACGUGGCAUGUGGGUGGUGUGACGAUGGUAGUGGUACAGGCAUUGGAAUGUGCAUGGAGGGGGGACAGAGAGGACCCAUCAAUCCUGUCACCGGUAUUAUGCAGAAGAACAAAUGUCCCAAAUUAAACUGGUUCUUCACUGAAUGUCCACUGUGUAACUGCAAUGGUCACAGCAAAUGUGAAAAUGGUAGCCAGUGCAUUUUGCCAUGUGCCAACAACACUGCGGGAUCUCACUGUCAAUACUGCAUUGAAAAGUUUUUUGGGAAACCCAUCAACGGCGGCCUUUGUCAACCUUGUAUGUGCAAUGAACAUGGUGACACAUGCAACAGGGAGACGGGCCGAUGCAACUGCAACACCAAAGGAGUGACGGGCGAUCACUGUGAACGUUGUGACACACAGAACAACUAUGUCGGUGAGCCACUCCAAGGAUCCUGCUUCUAUGACCUUCAAAUUGACUACCAGUUCACAUUCAACCUUUCCAAAAUCGAAGAUCGUCACAUACGUCAAAUCAACUUCUUCAACGUACCAACCAAGAGUGAUGUAGACACUGACUUCGACAUUUACUGCUCCAAAGCCACAAAAAUUAAAAUAUCUUCGAAAACAACUCGGAGUCAUGAGUCGUGGAUAAUACGCAACUACACAGGUACGAGAAUUAAGCGGAGAUUCAGCGCCUCGGACUACACUUUCGGAUCAGCAGAUAACAACACGACCUUUCACGUCUACGUCUAUAACUUUACUCCUCCUAUAGAGAUUGUUGUGUCUUUCUCCCAACAUCCUAAACUUGAUCUAAUUCAGUUUUUUUCCAUAUUUUCCUUAUGUUUUUUAGUGUUGUUAACUUUGGCUGCAAUACUAUGGAAAAUAAAACAGAAAUACGACAUCUAUACCAGGAGACAGCCACUACGACCCCAACAGCGUCUGUUGGUUGAGAUGGAAGCCAUGGCGUCUCGUCCAUUCCGCCCCAUUCUUCUGGAACUGUAUCCGAGGGGUGCGGACGCUGAGGUCCUGGACACUAACGACUCCACUCCUACUACUACAACAACCACCUCCAUAACGACCUCUACGACCAACACAGUCACAAGCAAUUGCUGUGUAACGGGAACAAAUGGGGCCAUGCCCAAUGCCACCUCCACUGCCAUCCCCUGUCUUUCUUCCAAUGUCAUCACAAAGGCUUCAAACAAAGAUAAUUCAAAAUUUUGUAACAACAGUGCCAAUAAAGUCAUCCCCAAUUCAACAUCACCAGACAGUCUCUCCUCUGAUUUGUUAGACAGUCUCAACACACUCAAGAUAAAGAAGAAGGUCAACCCAAGUCCCAUUGCCUUGGAGCCGUGCUGUGGUAACCGUGCUGCCGUCCUCUCCCUCCUCGUGCAACUUCCCACUGGCGGAGAACCUUAUACACCCAUAGGACACCCAGGUGGUUUGGCGAUUGCCAGCACACUUGUGACUCUCGGUAAUCCACGCAAGUGUAGCAACGACCCCAUAACACUAGCUAAAGGGGACGUCAACAAAAAUAAAACAUCAAGAGGAAAGCAACCUUAUUCCAGCCAUUCACCUGACACAUGUAUUUAACACCUGCCUCGCCACCCUCCACCAAUAUAUACACAUUACUGAAUUUCAUAUGUGUUGUGUCUAGAUAUUUGCCAUUGUCCAUUUUCCUCCUGGAUUAAUUUUGUGUACAAUACCUAACAUAUGGAAAACCUUGUGGGAAACUCUCCUCCGUUUUAGUUAUAGUUGAUAGAUGGAACACCUGUUUUUGUUUUUUGUUUUUUCCCAGAAGAUAAAUUUUGGUUGGUCAAAAUUCAGAAAAUCAUUUCAGAUUAAAUGAAAACAGUUAAAUUUAAAGUUAAUAUUAAAUUCUUGAUCGGCUGUUUUAGUAAUAUCACUGUUAAUCGAGUGAGAAUAUAUUUUGUUUUAAUUAAGUGACACGAUUGCAAAUUGGCAGUACAGCACUGUACUACGGUCUUUGGAAUACUUUACAAUGUUCCUAAAAAAACGUUUUUUCCCUCUCAACCAGAAAGAUAUUCAUAUAGUCAAAGAUGGUGAAAUCUAGUACACAUACAGCUGUAUUCAGAUGCCUCGAACACUGUUAUUUGUGCCUUGAUGUUUCCAAUAUGGAUCCAUAAAAAGAUAUACAUUGUUGAUUCAUACUUGUAUCAGUAUGUAUGUCAUAAAGAGAGGACACACUGUUGACUCACGUGCAAACCAGUGAUCGGGGCCGUGUUAUUGUUGGAGCGGUGGCAGGUGCUCCCCAUACCAGUAGGUGCUAAGGUUUUUAAUUCUCUCACUGACGUUAAAUUCAUUCGGUUUGCAAUUGUUUUAACGCAAUUAGAAUUUAAGGAACGUUCAUAUAGGUGAUAUAAAUACUUUUCACAGGUAGUCGUGAUGGAAGAGAUCUGCAAAUUAAUAAGUGAAAAAGUUAAUUGUAUUCGUCUCCAAGUGAAAGUGAUAGGAGACUAUGGGGCAACGUGUCACAUUAUUAAGUCCUCGGGUAGUCGGUGUCUGAGAAUUAAACGUUAGCCUUGGUAUUGAAGGAGUGUCUGGUAUGUGUUUUGAUAGUUUUCUUUAACACUACCAUUGUACUUUUGAUGGUGAUGAACCAGAUGGAGUGAGCCUCAUAUUUACCACACUGAUAAGAUGAGUAAAUAUUAAUACGGAGUGGUGUAAGUAGCCGGUAACUGGGAAUCAUAAUAUUGGAGAAUGGUUGGUAUAGAUUAGACAAAAGUUAGACUGUGUAGUUAUAUUUUAUUGUAACUUCAAGUAACAUUUAAUACUUCCAUUGUUGGCUUGUCCAAAUAAUUGAUAGGUGACGUAAAUAUGUAGUUGUUUAUACCUGAGCUUGUUACUGAGAGAAACAGCAUAGAUCAAAUAUACUGAAUACUGUAAUGUGUUCUUGCAUUAGGCAUUAAUUCCAUGGCGGUCAGUUACCAAGGUCAUGGAGUUGUAUUCAGUGAAGCUUCUGAAUCACCGUGAAGAUCAAAUAACAACCGUCAUUGAUAGUAAAGGUGUACUCUAGUGGCACAGGAGGAAAAAUAUAGAAAAUCAAAUAAGGUAGCUAUUAUAUAUCUUCAUAUAUAAUGUGUAUGCUAUGUCUUACACUCAAAGCAGGGUUGCCUAAGAUUAAUAUUAUACUGUAGUUACAAAGUAUUCAUUUAAACUUUGUGUAUUAGGCAUGGAAUGGUAAGGUUCCUUUUGAUGGACUGCAGUAUUAGUACACAAACUUGUAGUUUCGAUGCUUCUUUGUUAAUGAUAAAGUAGUGUGCUGGUGGGAAACUUGUAGUCGGUAUGCUGCUGAUGAAAUAAAAGUUUUUGUCAUUUUUUUUUAAAGAAUUCGUGGCAUCACAGAUCGUACCUAACGGUUUACAGAAGGUUAUGUGAAUAGAAGUCCGUAUAUAAGGCAAUGUGCGAGAGAUGCGGUUGUGUGUUCGGUUUGAUAGUGGUAAUAUAAAUUGUAGGUGUGGCUCAGAAUCUGUGAUGGUCACUGUGCACUAUGAACACAGCCAGUGGUUGUGUGUGUGUGGUGGUGAGGGCUAUUAAGAGUGUGAUUAACAUGCUUGUAAAUAAUGUCUUUUAUUUUGUUGACACUUUUCUUUUUUUAAUUUAAUUUAAUUUGGGAUAUGUCUAUAGUGUACUGGCAUUAUCCAGUCUUGUGUAUGAAUAAUAGUCUUGAAUGCCUAUGCAUUUUGCAGCAGGGCAUUGUUUUUAUCAUGGCAAAAUUUUAUAUUCUAUUUUCUUAGAUCUUAAAAGCUGCCUUGAUAGAUGUGGAUUUCAUUUUAUGUGGCUCAAAUAUUUUGUUGUUAUGGUUUAGGAGAUAAUGGAUGUACAUAUUGAACAAUAAUAUUAAGACUUCAAAUCAUGAUGUAAUAUAUAUAAAUAUAUUAUUUAUUUAGCCUUUAUUAUUAUAAGACACUGCAGACCAAGUUGUGUGCAGACUGUCUCAUUGAAUCUCAGCCAUGUGAUAAUUCUCCAUUGUAAGAGCUGUGUUCAGGAGACACUAAUGAGCAGCCACUCAAGGCUUCAUAUUGCUGACCCGUGGUAAGUUUCUGCAGUUUCUCCUCUGCUUUGCUUGGAGUGGAUAACCAAUUUGACCCAGUCUUUUGUUGAGGAACUAUGUCCAUGUGUUCAGCAGUACAGUAGUGUAGUGCAAAGUGUGGUAGAAGCAGGAUUGAUUGGUAAUACUAUUUAUUUAUUGUUUUUAUGUGGAUUACUGGACUUGGGUAUACUGCACUGUGCUGUAUACCAGACUGGACUACAUAUAUAUUAUAAUGGUUGUGGGCCUUUGGGUAAAGUGUUCAUUCAAAUGUAUCACCUCAACAAUGUGAUCUGAUCGCUAGGAUUAUGGUCAAAUCUUUAGAAAGUCUCUUAAUAGAAUGUAAUAAUUGCUUGAAAUACAGUAAAACCUCAGAAACUCACACUCCUUAGGGACUGAAGACUUGCAGACGAUUUAUUGUGUAAAUUAUGAUGCAUGGGACACCACCACAUGCCAAUAGUUGGUUUGAUCAAAUUUAUAUUUUUUUUUACCAUUUUUAUUUUUUUUAAUACAGUAUUGUCAGAAAACUGUGAAAUUAAUAUAUUAAAACAAUAUAUAAAAAAAUGUGAACUCUGAAGUGUGACUGAGUGAGGUGUUAUUGUAUGUAAUAAUUGCUAUUAAGUUAAUUCUUGAACAGGGUUGGGUUGUUAACAGUUGAUAGACCAGUAAGGGAUUAUAACUGGGCCAAUUGAUACAGUGAUAUGGUGAACAUGAAGGGUGUAUAUGUCACUUUACUCAUGCUAGGAACAUUAUUGCGAAGUUGGUAAGUUAUGUCAAAAAUUGUGAAAUUGGUGAGUAGAAUGAGUGAGCUGUGGGGACUGUAUGUUGUGCAGUCAUUACCAGUUCUACCUAACUGUGGAUAUCUUUUUCCAAACUGGUAGUCCAAGUGUUAGGAGUACAAUAACUUAUUACUUGUAUGUUAUCAACAGAGUACAGUAAUAGAUGUUAUAAAACCUGUAAUAUGAUGAGGGAACCAAAAGUAUUGUGCUUCUGAUAUAAUGCAGCUAUUAUUUUCUGUAUAUAUAUAUAAUAUAUAUAUAUAUAUAUAUAUAUAUAUAUAUAUAUAUAUAUAUAUUUAUAUAUAUCAGAAUUUUUUUUUUGUAUGUCUGUAAGACAAAAUACUUAUAUGAAGAACUUUUACAUGUUGUUGUGCAUUACGUUUGUGGGACAACUGACAUGUGGUACAUUUUAAUUGUAUAUGACCACCAUUAUUGCUGCACUGUUGUUUUUAUGAUCUUUGGAGGGCAGUGCAAGAAAUAACACUUUACUGCAGGACUAUGAGAUGUUUAUGUUAAAGGUGACUGGGAGUUCAUAAGUUUGCCUUGAGUUAUGGUGCAUCAGGAUGGAAUAGGUCACACAAGGAAGAAAACUAAUACUUUACCCAAGUUUGUCUCAAAAGAGGUACAGUAUUAACUUGAUUGAUAUUCUUGUCUUAGUCUAAAUGGCAAAAAGGAAAAUGUAUUUCGGUGUCAACAGUUUUAUUUUUUUAUAUGCUGUGUAUCAUACCACAGUGUUGACUAUAGUGUGGCUGGAGGAAAGUUGUUUAUUGGGUUUUUCAUAUUUGGUUUAGUUUUGAGACAACUGUAUCAGUUAUUGAGGACAGCUACCAUGAUGCCAAAGGUGAUAGCACCAUACAUUUACUACUUUGUUUCUGGAAAUUUAUUGUCACUUGUCACUCAGCUAUAUUGUUCAUCAUUCAGAAAAAAUGCUCACUGCUGAAAGUUGCACAAAUUUAUUUUAUUUUCAACUAAGUUGUGCUUAGAAAAAAAGUCUCACACUUACGUAUUUUUUUUUUUUUUUUACAGUUUUUCAUUGUUUAACUUGUGCUUGUGUGAUGCGAUGUAUUCUUUUCUUGAGUGAAUAUUUGUAUGACUGUUUACAUACUGCAAUAGCUUGAAGCUUCAUAAGAUCCCCCCCCCCCACAAAUAAAAAAAUGCAGAACUAUAUCAGGUUGUGCUGAAACCGUAAGUAUUAGACACCUACCUACCUUGUGAUUCAGGAAUUCUCCCCAUAGAAGACCACCCUGACCUCCAGGCUAAACACUUCAUCUCAGCACUACACUACACUCAACAGUAUCCCACCUAUACCUACCAACACAAUGAUCUACAAACACCUUCACAACUUCCUCCCAUCAAACAUUAUGCUGGAGAGUACAGUAUCUCAAUAACCACACAACCUAUAAAUAUGAGAAUACUGUAUAGAUUUCCAGGUUCCUUUAUGGUUACCACCCUUCCUUAACCAAUGUCAAUACAAUAUCUAACUCUCCCUAAAAGCCACUACUGUUUGUCACGAUUACACCACCGCCCUACACAACAUUACACCACCGCCCUACCCACUUGUACGCACAACCUGUAAAGACAAUCCUUCAACACAAUUUCCAGUUAUCAAAAUACCUGAGGUUCAUUAGCUUCAGUUUCAUGUAAAGUAAGGGAUAACAACAACAACUGUUAUUAUAGAUACUGUAUUGUGUUUGCUGUAGCACUCGAGACAGUUUAUUGGAUAUGAAAACUGGUGAAAAGAAAUUAUAGUUAGUUUCUGAAGUGUUUUGGAUAUUGUCAAACUUUUAAGUUCUCAAUGAUUCAGUUUUAAUCACUGUAACUUGUUCAUUGUUGUUUGUGAGUUAUGAACAAUUGUUUAUUUUAAUGAUACUGAACAAGAAUUAUAGUUUACAAGGUAUUACCAUCAUAAUAUUAAAUUGCACAGCUAAACCUUAGCAAAUUUACUUGAAAUAAGAGAGGCUGGUCUGUAUUAUUUAUUUGUUAUUAAUGACUGACCGUCACUAGAUAAUUUGAUCUGGUGUGGUAACAUAUUUUAUGAUUAGUAAUUUUACUGAGAAACGAGAAUACUUUUUUAUUCUAAAAUGUUGUACUGUAAUAUAUUUUGAAAACAGUUAUAUAGUAGUUUAAGAUAAAUUAUAUACCACGAAGUUGAAGCAGUAAUUUGUGACAUUUAAAGACAAUUUAUUCAGUAACUGAUAAUUAUAAGACUUUAAAUUCAUCUCUGUCCCCUAAAGCCCAGUAGGAAUGGGAAGACAUGCAAUUAUCAUAAUUCACUAAACUACCCCAAACUCCACCAGAUUUUCCUAAUAAUAAUAAUAUUGUAAACAUACUUAUUAAAUAUUUAAGCGUAUUUGAACUUCCUCCUCUCUCAAAGAUAUGUUUGUACUGUUAUAGACGAUUGAAAGUGUAGAGUCGGCAGUACUGUACCAUGACACAAGUGAGAGAUUGAUGCUGUACUGUAUUGACAUGUUGGCAAUAUUGGGGAUGCAAGUUGCUUCUGCAGUUGAAAUUGAUAGCCUUUUAUGUUUCAGAACUUGGUCUUGUGUAUACUGUACUGUACAUGCUGUAAUAUCUUUCUUUUCCACUUUGAACUUUUAUAAGAUGGACAAAGUUGUAUUAAUGUGGUUGAGGGUGAUGCAGGACACUGUGCUUAGCUCACAAAGCAAUGAUCAGUUUUAUGUGUAACACGUACUGUUCUGUAUGCAGUAUACUAUAUUUUUUAUUCCUUUUUAAUUUUGUAUAUUGAUUGUUAAGUUGAAGAAAAUAGUCUAUUAUUGAUUUUUAAACCUUAAGUCAAUGCAUCACAAUUCAUUAAGGCACUGAAGAUAGAUGCACUGUGUACCAAAGAUUAUAAAUGUACUGUAUAUGACAUGCGGCAAUCCCAUAACGUGAGUCCUUUGGCAUGUCACUUCACAAUACUUCAAGGGGCUUCAUAAAUUACUCUUAUAUAACUUGUGUAUAGGACAGGGGGAAGGGAAGGGACAAAUACAAUUUUUAUUAUGGCAUACUAGUACUUUUAAGGGUCCAUUUUUUUAUUGAGGAUUUUCACUCAUAUUUUUUAGAGAUGAACGUUUUGUGACAUCUAGUCCUGAGUUGCAAUUGUUCCCAUCAGAAGAGCCACUUUGGCUUACCCUACAGUGAGUGUGACUUCUGUCUUCCCAUCUUUGUAUACAGCUUUUAGGGUACGUUUCUGAUAUAGCCGAGAUGAAAUACCAAUUAGUGAAUAUGGAUUUUUUUUUUUUUGUAUUGUAUUGUAUAGCCCUUUGGCUAUGUUAUGUAGGAAAAAAAAGUUGAAUCUGCAAUAUCCUUUCAUAAGUUUAGAUUGAGCUAGUUGGGUCUACCAGGUAAAAUGGGUCAUGUAAAACCUCUAGUAACACUUUACUUCUAGGUCUUUGUUUGUUUUGCUGCAGUCAGUUUCUUGUUACAGUCCAGUUUAUUGCAAUCUCAAAAUCAUCCGGAGAAAGUGCUCAGGAAGGUAUAUAUAAUAUUGUAGAUCACGAAUUUGCAUAUUAUUGGGUAAGGGAGGUUGACCUUUGUCUCAAGCAGUCUUUAUUUACUUCUUGAUCUGGCUUUUGGAUCAUUGUACAAGUCUAAGCAUUUUCUCUCUUGUCCAUUGUAAAUACAUCAAAUGAAGAGCCUCAUUUGGCUCAUUUCAUUCUCGUGUAAUUGCAUAAAUAUUUUCAUUCCAGGGCCUGGCUUAAUUCACAGCCGUAACUUGCAAUUUGUUGUACGGUGUGGUUUGUCUAAUACUGAGCAGAUAUAUUUGAUGAUUGACUAACUGUGUAAGCCACCAGAGUUACCAUGAAGAGAAAUGAAACAUUUUGCAAUUAGUUGCGGCUGUGAUAAAAGUCCCUCAAUGCACUUGAUGUCUGUGGUUACUGCAGCAGCUUUUAUUGUUUGUUGAUAAUAAAAUAAUCUUAUUCCUUCACUGCUGUAAAACAAUUUUGCUAAUAAAAGCCAACUUAUGUU